AUGCAGCCAUUUCUUCGUCUAGCUUCGCGAACACCGCAGCUCAUUCGCCAACAAGCGGGUGUCUUCGCUGUGCAACCACAAAGAUUUGCACACCAAGGCUAUGGCGGCGAGCAGUCUGGAAUGGAGCAGGGCCGGGACCAGAAGAACCCAAAAUCCCACCUCGAGCACCCUGGGCCCGAAGCCCCAGCUAGUAAGGGGACUGCAUCCUCAUCGGGCUCGUCCAAAGCACAGCCAACAAGCAAAUCCGACUCUGGAAGCGACCGUGGAAGCCCAGCCAUCCACCGUCCCGAAUCAGCUGCGGAGAAAGACGAUCCUGAAGUGAGAAAACACAACGAGGAGAUGGAGCAAAGACAUGAGAGGUCCGUCAAUCAACUGGCAGAAGAGGAUAACAAGGUAGAUAAGAACUUCUGGAAAGGUAAAUCCAAAUCGUUCUGA